AUGGCUGGACAGUCGAUUGUUACAUCGAAAGUGACGAAAAAUCAGCUACGUUUCUUUAAAAAGGAAAAUAAUAACGUUCAGAGACCCCUCCAGCAGGACGAAAUGUACAAAGCCGAAACCAUUUUAUGGAAGCAGGCGCAGUUUGACAGUUUUCUUGACGAGAUGAGUACGAUGACGGAAAAUCUACAGCGGAAGCCGGAUCAGCCAAUGAAGAAAAUUGAACGAUCUAGUUGUUUGUACAAAUUGUCGCCGGUGAUGGACGUUGAAGGUGUACUGAGAGUGCGAGGCAGGCUAGAGAAGAACGAAACAAUCCCGUUCGACAAAAGAUACCCGAUUAUUCUAUCCAGGAAGCAUGAAAUUACAAGAAAGUUGAUUAUGCAUCUUCAUGAAAAGUAUGGUCAUGCAAACCGCGAAACUGUCUUCAACGAGUUGAGGCAGAAAUUCUGGAUACCAAAUGCUCGCGCUGCUAUUCAGCAAGUUACAAAAGAAUGUGUGUGGUGCAAGGUUAAUCGAUGUUUGCCUUCCGUACCAAUGAUGGCUCCGUUACCAGUUCAAAGAAUUACGUCUCAUUUGCGGCCAUUCAGUUCAGUCGGCGUUGAUUACUUGGGUCCGGUCGAGGUCUCGGUAGGACGUAGGAAAGAGAAAAGAUGGAUCGCCGUGUUUACGUGUAUGGCUGUUAGAGCUGUACAUCUCGAGGUUGUACACACUUUAACGACGCAAUCUUGUUUAAUGGCCAUCCGUAGAUUCGCGUGCAAGCGAGGAGCUCCGGAACAAAUAUUUUCGGAUAAUGCAAUGUGUUUUCGUGGAGCAGAUGCCGUGAUGGAGAAGACGAAAAAGAAAAUCCACAGUGAAUGCGCAGAAAAAGUCUCGUCAGCGGUGACGGCAUGGCACUUUAAUCCUCCAGGAACGCCGCAUAUGGGCGGCGUAUGGGAACGCAUGGUACGAUCCGUUAAGGAAGCAAUGCGUGCGUUGGACGACUGGCGGAAAUUGACAGACGAAAUCCUCGCCACUACGCUGGCCGAAGCUGAAGAUAUUAUUAAUACGCGGCCACUGACUUAUAUUCCACAAGAAUCAGCCGAGGAAGAAGCUAUUACUUCAAACCAUUUUCUGCGCGGAACCGUAACCAAUACGGAUAAGAAGAUGGAUGAUUCUGUUGAUUUUGCUGAUGCUCUGCGAGAUGUUUACAAACGAUCGCGGUACUUGGCUGAUAAAAUGUGGGACCGGUGGUCGAAGGAAUACUUGCCGUCACUAACUCAUCGGUCUAAAUGGAUGGAGGAUCAAAAGCCAAUAAAGACUGGAGAUCUAGUGUUCAUGAUAGACGGAAAGAAUAGGAGAAACUGGGUACGUGGACGAGUACAAGAAGUAAUAGAAGGAGCUGAUGGAAGAAUCCGUCAAGCAAAUGUAAGGACUGCAGAUGGAAAAGUGCAUCGACGUGCUGUGGCUAAUUUGGCGGUAUUAGAUGUUCAGAAUGGUAAAUCUGGUAUUUCCGGAGAACCUACCGGAUGUUACGGGCUGGGGAUUGUUCACACCGCUGGGCAGUCACCGUCGAACAAAAAGGAUGUCGGCGAAAUCACCGAACCCCUUUUCAAGUGA